AAGCAUUUUACAAUAAAAACAUAAUUGAUAAGCACAGAGUUGAAUCAGAUUAUAUUAUUAGGGUCACAUGUCACUCUAUGACACAACGUAACUAACGUAGCGUAACCUAAAAUAGGUGCGUCUGACAUAAUGAAACGGUGCGUUUCGUAAAUGGUCUAAAAUUUCGUACAAUCAAAUGUAAAUACCUGGAUAAAUAAUAAUAGCAACAACUAACAACAAUAAUAUUUGCAACCAAUCCUCCUAUUAUGAAUUUUUUUGCAUGAACUAUUUUCAUAGCUUUUGUACUUAUUUUUCUGAACUAUCUUCCCGUAUUGCCACCCAACACAGAUAUUAUAUGCAUCUCUGUGUGAUGCCUCAAUUUGAUGUAUAUUUUGGUUAAUAAAUUCAAUUCAAUACAAUUCAUUGUCUUACUUACAGAGAACUACGAAUCGGUUUCCUUUGAAAUAGAAUUCCUCUUUUACCAUACAUCGUACAGUAACGUCAACCGCUGGACGAAAUGGGGGAAUCGGAUAUCAGCACGUGUUGUGUGAUAAAUAAAUAUGAAAAUCAGUUAAUGACGCUUUUCAUAGAAUGGCUGGAUACAGGAUUGAAAAUCACGAUAUUUCCGGACUCGGAUUCGAAUCCGUUGAUCGGCGAGAUGGGACUCGAGGAAAUCGAUAACUUUGCCAAAGAAUUGUCAAAGACGCGAAUAGAAUAUUUGAGUGGAACACGUGAGGCCUUGUCGGGUCGCGACGAGAAUGUCCAAUUCUUUUUCAAAGAUUCAAAGCUGAGAUGGAAGCGAGGUACUUGGAACCAGGGACUGAUCGGCGUCAAAUCUACGCCCUUGGCUCAAGUCUUUCCAGAUAUACUGAAGAAGUUUGUGCUGCACAACAGGCAGCUGGAAAGCUCGGUCGAGCGUCUGGAGACAGAAGUCAGGGAGGUGAAGACAUCGCGACAACGGUUGGAAGAGAAACUAGAGGAAACGGUCACGCUGAAGAAUGAAAUGGAAAAAGACUUGUAUUCCAAAUUCAUAAUUGUUUUGAAUUUAAAGAAGGCAGAGAUCAGGGAGCUGCAGAGAAAGACGCGCGAUAAGGCCGAGCCCAAAGACGAGGAAGUCUUCCAGGCACAGACUGACGACAGCGAUGCAUCUGAGAAGGAGACAGCUAAGCAUGAGCAGAAGAAGUCUAAUAACGUCAGCACUUCGGGAUACAGCAAUUCUGCCACAAACAGCAGACCGUCAACUAGUCGUAAAAGAGAUAGCGAUAGUUUUGCAUUAGAUUUACCGGAUGACAGUGGAACGAGCACAAAAAAAUCGGUCAAUUCUAGCAGGUUAACUUUCACAUCUGACGAGUCGGAUGAAGAUUUUUUUUCGUAAUAUUUUUGAUCUUAGGAAAAAAUUUUAUCCACUGAUCUGUACCGAACUUGCAUUUUACACUUAAAUAUUGAAUCAAAUUGUGUAAAGAUAUUCAUAUUAUAUAUACAUAUAUGUAUAUACGAGAUUUUUAUCAUUGUAGUUACAAAAAUUGAUGAAGCUUAAGAAAUGAAUAUUGCAUAAAACGGAAUUAUUUUUCUAUGUACUGUAAAUCUAAUUUUGUUAUACGUUAAGAAUAAAAUGACUAGCGAUAAGAAGGCCAAGACCGAUCAUCAUGCCCAGGUGAAAAUAUUUUUUAUAUUGAUACGUACGUUAUUCUAUAUUUGAGAAUUAAUCGAUAGAACCAAAAAAAAAAUCAUCGAGUUAUGAAUACCAAUGAAUUGAGUAAAAAUUCUUAGUUCGAAUUCUGGUAUUUAAAAGUAUUUUAGAAGUUGAGAGAAGAUAAAUGGUCCGUAGUAUGACACAAAUUUUUACGAAAAUUUUUGAGGAUUCGUAAAACGUACUGAUAAUUGACUGAAAUAGUACAUUAUAUGAAUACGAGUCAAAUAAUCCCACAAUUUUUUUUGACACGUCAUACGAUGCUCACCGACUUUGAUGUAUGAUUAUCGUAUUCUUUGCGCACGUAUCUACUUGUAUGUCGUCAGAGAAGUUGAGAUGUUUUAGGCGAUAGAGACCAGACAUGCAAUAUUAAAUGUAUAUAGAUUAUUUUCUUAGUACUACUCUUACCUCUAAAUUGUAAAUGUAAAUUAAUUUGGUCAUUGAUGACGUAAAAAGUGGAAAGUAAAUAUAUUUCAGGACAAUAUUGUUGCCGAAUUUCAGUAGUAGAUAAAAGGAAAAAAAUAAUGCUACAAUUUACAUAGCAGAGUCAAUUUCUAUCAACUAAAAUGUAUAUUAUUAAAUUAAUAGGCUGGCCGAGGCACUGAAAAAUUCUUUUUCAGAAGUACUAUACCCGAACGUUUCGUAAUUUCUUUUAUUUAUAAAUAAUUAUUAUAGGUAUUAUAUGUGCACAUUAUGUAAAAACAAGAGACGCAAAAAUAUACAAGCUUCUUUAGAUUGGGUAAGAGAUGAAGGAUACACGUAAAACCAAAGACAAAAUGGAGAAAAAUAUAUAGAAAAUCCACAAACUAGAGGCAACAUUUAUAAUAUACGUAUGUGGGUGGUAAAAGUUUAUAUUCGUAAGAAAUUAUUUCAACAGAAGUGUUGAUUAGAUGAUACUUAUUCGUCAUAAUAUUCUCUCCGUGUCUCUCGCCUAAGUUACACAGUUUUAGUUCCGCGCGGCUGGGAUUUGAUUUUUUCAUUCCUUUUUCAGUAUUGAAAAGUAAAAACUGACAAAGUUGAGAACAUGCAUGUAUAUUUUCUCUCUAUAUAUUGUUUUCCAUUUGUUUUUCAUCACUUGCCUCUACAUCGUAAACCGCAUUUUUACUGCGAAUAAAAAUACUUUAUACCUAUAUAUGUAUACGUUCGUGAAAGUAUUUAGAUUAUUUUUAAUUAGCGUGUAUAUAAUAGUGAGACAUACUUAUAAUUACAAUUAGUAUGUUUAUAUUUAUACACGAUAUGGUACAGAAUAAUAAAAUUAUUCCUCCAGCAUGAA